AUGUUACCACUCGAGCUCAUUAUCCAGGCACUCUCUUUCUUCGAUAGCCACGAUGACUACGAGACUCUGAAGAGCUGCGCUCUCGUUCAUUCUUCCUGGGCUCCGAUUGCGCAGGCUAAUCUGUUCAGGCAUCUCAUCCUGAAAUUCAACUCUCCCCGACACGAGGAUUAUUUCGAGAUCAGUACCCAAGCAACCAUCGCUUACAACUUACUCAUUGAGUAUAUUAGUCACAAUCCUCGACUCGCUACAUACAUUCAGCAAGUUUCACUGCACCAUUUCGAAAGUUUUGGUCGCACGCACUUGAUGUUUUUAGCGCAGAAGGAACAGGAGGAGAGGACUGCCAUACGCAACCUUUUGUUGGAACUCACGAGUGUCAAAACGCUCAGGUUACUUCGCUUUGGUGUUGUGGAUGGUUUUCAUGACGUCCUAAUCCACCUUUUCCGACUACCAACUCUCACUCGAUUCGAAGUAACGUUUGCGCGUUACGCCUCCACAGCUGAUCUUCUACUCGUGCUCUUCAAUGCCACCAACUUAAAGGAUAUCAGUAUGGUGAACAUCGGAUUUGAUGGUCGCGUACUACCUUCUGCACAAGACUCAUCUCUUAUUGCGGCACCACAAUCAAUUCAUCUGAACAGUCUACAUUUCAGUCUGUGCCCUCUCGACCAUAUCAUCCCGUUCUUCAGCGAACCACAUUGCCCGCUUGAUUUCUCGUCUCUCCGCACGUUGCGUCUGCACAGAGCGAAACUUUUCGACUACGACACGACGGCGCAACUACUCAGCCUUGUAGGGCAAAGUCUUCAUCAUCUUGAACUUCAUGGACCCGACCGUGUGUCAGAAGACAAGGACAAUGUCCAUCUCGGUUACACUCCCAAUCUCCAGUCGCUCACCCUCCUGAACUUACGCCAAACCCUAACGUACAACCCUAUCGCCUGGAUUCAGUCCCUGUUUCCUGUAUCGAUCGCCGAGGAGUCACCCAUAACACCAUACCUCCGAGUCGUCACUUUUGCAGUCGUUGCAGACACUCCCAACUCGAUUUUGAGAGCCGUUGGCCCCGCCCCUUGGUCUACAUGGAAGACAGUCGACGCCCUGUUUUCGUCCAAUAUAUCCCCACAGCUGCAGUUUCCAUGUCUACAACAGGCUCGAAUGAUUGUUAGUACUCCGAGUGAAGUUCUCGAUCCGAAGUUAGUGUGCAUUGUAGAGGACCAAUUUCCUGAGUUGAUGAAAGAGGGAAAGUUGGCAUUGGAGACAACUUGUUGGGAGGUGGCGACGACGAAGGCUGUUAUGAGGUUGAGUGCACCUGUUCCGUAG